CGCCCCAGGUCAGUCUCGCCGGAGUCAUCGUUCAGUCUGGUACUUGUGUGUGCGCAUAAGGCCAAAGGAACCCCAAACACUAAAUACAUAUAUAUUAAGAUGAAUCAUCUGCAAGGAUUUCUAUUUUUCGUCCUGCUGGCUGGAAUUUUCCUGCCAAGUCAGGCUGGUCUCUUCGACUGUGAGGAUAAGAUUCCCGGACUAAGCGAUGUGAGCGACAAAAUAUCGGAGAUUUCGGGCAGUAGCACUAGUUCGGAGCACGAGGUGCGCGACUUCUUCAAAAACGUGGGCUGUCACAUCAAGGAGGGGGCCAAGAAGCUGGGCGAGCGGGCCAAGGACCUCGGCACCGAGAUCAAGGAGGGUGCACAGAAGCUGGGCGAGAAGGCCAAGGUCCUGGGCAGCGAUCUAAAGGAGCGCUUUGACGACCUGCGCGACAAGCUGGCCAAGGACUCGGCCGAGGAGAUGAGCAAGGAUCGCGGCUUCCUGGCCAACGUCGAGAUCAUCAAUCCUGACAUCCUCAAGGGCGAGCAGCAGUGUGGCCACGGACACAUCCUCGACGCCUUGGGCAACUGCAGCAAGUUGAGGAAGUAACCGAAUGGUGGGAGCACUCGACUCCUGCUCCCCUAAAUGCUUAAGUUUUUUAUGAGUUUUUUUUUUUGGUUCGUGUAAAUAAAAAAUGAAAGUGAAAUACAA